AUGCCAAAAACCACCCCAGAGAGGUGCCAAUUGGCACUCUUUCACAUCCAAAAUGGUGAAUCUAUCUGUUCAGUUGCAGAACAACUUGGUAUGAGCAAGUCUACAGUGAAUUGCAUCAGCAAAAGCACCUCUGCUGAUGUUCCAAAGUCAAAGGGCAGCCAGCUGAGAAAACUCCAGCCUCAUCAUGUUUGCUUCCUGGAUCACUAUUUUGAGCUCAAUUCAAUGUCCACAGUCAGGAAAGCAUGUCAUGCACUGCAGGAGAUGUUUCAAAUCAAAGCAUGCCCAACCACAGUAAGAAAAGCACUUCAUUACUGUCAUUACAAAGCACAAAGGUUAGUGAAAAAACUGAAGCUACUCAAGAGACAUUGCAAAGCCUGUUUCAAAUUUGCUAAUGAGCACAAGGACAUGACUGUUGAGGAUUGGAAGAAUGUGGUAUGGUCCAAUGAGACAAAGAUCAACUUCUUUGGACCAGAUGGUAAGCAGUUCUGUUGGAUUAAGAAUUCUGGCUUCAACAGCAAGCUUGUCAGGCCAAUGGUCAAGUUUGGCAGUGGCUCCAUCAUGAUCUGGGGCUGUAUGAUGUGGGAAGGGGUGGGAGAUUUGCAGCUUCAGCAUGCAUACACUGACAUCACAUUUCAGCAAGACAAUGACCUGAAACACAUGUCGAAGAAGACAAUAACAUGGUUGGAAAGUAAUAGCAUUAAGGUUAUGCAAUGGCUGGCACAGUCACUGGACUUAAACCCAAUUGAACACCUCUGGCACCAUCUCAAAAUGCAACUUUCACAGUAUAGUACAAUUGCAAAGUCCAGGGAUGAACUGCUCAAGAGAUGUGAAGCUGAAUGGAAAGUGAUCACUCCAGAGACAUGUAGGAUGCUAAUAGAGAGCAUGCCAGACCACAUCAAGGUGGUUCUGAAGGCCAAAGGAGGGAUUACAAAGUACUAA